CGCCGCACGCAGCGCGCAUCGCUGGCGGCGCCACAGAUAACGCACCCAGCUGCCGCCUCGCCGUAUCGCCCACGAUCGCAAUGAACAGCAUGGCGGUCCCCGUCACGGAGGACACGCCGCCAGACCUGCUGGCCGGCAGCAUGGACCUGACCGUGCUGCUGCCUGACGGUAGAGCCACCAAAACCAGCGUCCAGAGGGCGACGCCUAUGAUGGACUUGCUGGUGCAGCUGUGCACGUCGCACCGGCUGUCGCCCGGCGGACACAGCCUGCAGCCGCUGGGCGAGAAGGGCGCGCUGCCCUACAAGCCCUCCACGCCCAUAGGGCUGCUGGAGGCCUGGAGCGUGCGCGUCCUGCCCAAGGGCGCCGGCGCCGCCGCUGGAGCCGCCCCCGCGCUCCAGGAGCACCCGAACCAGCUGCCCUUCCAGCACACCUUCCGCCUCCAGGUGCACCUGCCGCGCAACCAGCUGCUCGUGUCCCGGGUGACUCCGCAGAUGGGCCUGGCCGCGGUGCUCAAGAUGGCCUGCGACGAGAAGAAGCUGGACCCCAGCAAGUACGAGCUGCGCCACCCCAUAAACCUGGAGGAGAGACUGCGACCGGAGCUGACUCUGGGCGACUACGGGCUGACGGAGGUGUGCGUGAUGGCGCGCGACGCCAGCGGUGCGGACGCGCUGGCCCUGCAGAAGGAGCAGGAGCGGAGGCGGCGCCGCGCCAAGCAGCAGCGCGGACACGUCGCGCCGCCGCCGCCGCCCCCCACAGUCCGCCAGACGGGGACCGAGGUGAGUGCCAUCACGGGCAGCGUGUCGUCGGGCAGCCUGGGCGGCAGGUCCAGCUCUCCAGACUCGGCUCCCGCCGCGCCCCCGCCGCGCGCUCCCGCCAGGAAGAGGCGGCCGGCCCCACCUCCGCCUGCCGUCACCACCGACAGUGCCGAUAAGCGGGACUCUGCAGUGGUGAUCAGUAAAGCCAGUUCCAAGCAGGUCGUGUCACACCACGACGGGACUGCCCCCACGGUGACCCACUCGCGGACGUCCUCCGACAGCUCCGGCUACCACGAGGCGUCCGUGCUGAGUGACGGCCCCGACACGCACCCCGGCGACAAGACGAUUGCCGCCCGGGAGAUGCCACCUCCGACUAGCAACAGCACCCUGCCACGAAGAAGCAAACUGCCACCGGCUACAGGCACAUCGGCAGCCCUACCGAAGAGGACCGGCGCGACUGUUGGCAACUCGGUGCCACUGUCCAGGUCCGUGUCCAACCUGGUGACCGGCGUGCCCGGCAGAACGGUGCACGGCGAGCACAGCACGUCUACGUCCUCGCUGUCUUCCACAGGGCGAGGACCUCGUAAGAAGAAGGCGGCUCCACCCCCACCGCCAGUAGUGGCGACCCCUGCGGGACCUCGGGCUGUGUCGCCGGACAGGUCUGCAGCCACUCCCACACCGUCCCCGGCGGAACCUCCCGCUGUGGACGCGACUGCCGAGAGCCGGACAUUGCCGCGUCCUACGGCCCCCACCGAGAACUCGGACGCCCGCCGGUCGGCCAGAAUCGAGGAGGAGAAGGAAGCGCCGAGCCCGGAGAGGCGGCCGAGUUCUGAAACUGGGGUGAAGCACCACCAGCAGCAGCAGAGGUCGAGCGCGGAAUUGACGGCCGAGAAGGCGGACCUGUACGCGAAACUGCAGCGCCGCCUGCCGUCGCGCGGCGACAGCGUCACCUCCACGUCGUCCUCGGGCAGCGAAGACACGGCCGCCGCCACCGCCGGGCGCGGUCCCGCCGUCGAGGAGCGCGAGCGCGCGCCCGUGCCCGCUCCGGCAGUGCGCCCGUCGAGGAGCCGCGACGGGGCGUCCGCGGCGGCCAGGGACCGGCGUACGGACGGACAGUCGCGACCGCAGCCGGACGUGGUGGCCGUACAGGUGCAGCCGCUGGCAUCUCCUCCAGGUACGUACGAGUUGUCUCCCGAGUGA